UUCCCACGGGACCAGUAGGGUGACGGGGGUGGGGGGCGUUUCCUCAAGUACGACGUCCUGGGUGGACCCGGUUCGUGUGCAUGGACUCAUUCACGUCUGUGUGCCUCCGGCCGACUCCUGCCGAAGGUGUGGUAACAACUGUGACAACGUCCACGAGAGAUGGGACGGCAUAAGAGGGAAACAGAGCGUGUCCAUCCGCGUUAUUGUGUCCUUUAGAAAGGCUGGCCGUGUGUCCGUCGGACAGCCGGCUACGCUAGAGCGCUCGAUGGCGGCCUCUGCUUGUUUAACACUGCUCUGGGUCGAGACGGUGUUCAGCCUGGUGUGGGCGGUGGUGAGCGUGCAGCACGGGGCGGCGGCCAUGACCGAGUGCGGGCUAAUCCCGGCCCUCCUCAACGUCGUGCAGCUCAACAUGGACGGACAGGUGGGACUCCGACUGUGUUCCGACUGUGUGCAUAUGGUGAAGGGCACGGGCUUCGGCGGCAUGGGCAAGCCCUUCCAGCGGCGGUAUGUGGUGUCGCAGGCCGUUCAGAUCAUGGAGACAGCGGUGGUGAACAAUGCGGCCGCUCUCUCCGCAUUCAGGGAUCUCGGCGCAGCCGAGGUGCUCGCGUCCGCUUUUUCCACCGAGGUUGGAAGGCUUCGCGAUGCCGGGGCGGCGGCGGCGGCGGGAGACAACCGUAGUGGUGGUGGCUGUAGCGGGAUGGUGGUGGAUGACCCCAAGGGCAAAGCGGAGGGCAAAGGCAAGAGCAAGAAGCAGCCCUCCUCCUCCAAGACCGCUAAGGGUAAGGGCAAGGGUAGAGACAACGACGGCAAGGUGAAGGGAACCACCUCCUCCUCCUCCUCCUGCUCCUCCUCCUCCUCAACUGUGGUCGCCACGGGAGGCGAUCCCGACGGGGUCCAGGGGGGCGCAGAGGACGAUGCGAGCUCGGCGGCGGGUGGCCCCCUGGCCGACCCGUCUCCGUCGCAGAAAGCGCUCCUCUUCUCCCUGCUGAACGCCCUCAGCAUCACGUUUCAGAACCAGGUGGGGUCAGACCCCCUGCUGGAGGCAUUUUUGACGGCGGCGGUGAUGGACGUUUUCCGCAACAGCGACAUGUUCGGGGGCGUGCUGGUGGCGCUGACGGCGACCCUUAUCUCGGACGUGGCCAACCAAGACCCCAGCACCACGGUGCCCUAUUUGCUCAGGUCGGGCAUCGUGGACGAGUACCUCAAAGUGCUGACGGCGACUCCGGCGACUCCGGCGCCGCCGCCGUCGUCGGACCUCUUGGUCACCGUGCCGAACGUGCUUCACGCGCUCUGCCUCACCCACGACGGCGCUUCGAGGGUGCAGGAGGCGAACGUCUUCCCGGCGUCGCGGUACCCCGAAGGAAACAUGACGUCCGUGGUGGGGGCGGGCCUCGACGAGCUCAUGCGCCACGUGCCGGCGCUUCGGCCCCAGUGCAUCAAGGCCCUCGUCUCGUCUUUGAAGGAGCUCGUCGGGAAGGGGGACGAGCUGCUGAAGAGAGAGCUCGCCGGCGACUCCUCGGCGGAGGUGCUCAACGAGCGGACGCUGAUGCAGCAGUACGCCGCCAACUUCGGGCAGCUCCUAGAGUCCGCCCUCGGCCGUCCCGAGAACGCCAAGCCCUUCGCGGACGCCGGCGGGGACGAGGUCCUCCUGUCCCUCUUCUCGCUCGCGGUGCCUGGACCGAGGGCUCUGUUGGCGCGCGCGUCGUGCGCCGGCGGGGGCGGCGGCGGCGGUACGACGACGUCGUCGUCCUCGUCGUUGUUGUCCUCCUCGCAGCAGCACAGCCUGGCCAACCACGCCGCCUCCCAGGCGCUGACGAGCGCGAUGAAGGCCCUCGGCACGCACGACACGGCGCGGCUGCUGAAGCGUGUCCUGGUGGCGCUGGACAGGGAGCUGGACAGGCUGGACGCCGCCAGGAAGGCGGUCAUGGAAGCGGGGGGUAUGUCCGCGGCCGUGGCAUCCGCUUCAGGGUCCUCCGGCGGCGGUGGCGGCGGCGAUGCCAUGGACGUCGACAGCGAAGCAUCGCCGGCCGCCGCAAAAUCGCCUAGCAAGAAGUCCGUGGCCAAGGCCAACAAAGGCAAGGGCAAGAACAGGGCGGCCUCUACAAGAGCGGUGGCGGCUGCUGCUGCUGCUGCGGCAGCUUCAGCGGACGGAGGCGAUGGCGACUCCGACGUGGACAUGUCCGGCGCCGUAGAAGGGAAGGGGCCCCCGGCGGCGGGGAACGGCAGGGCCGCCGCCGCCGCCGACAGCAGCAGCAGCAGCAGCGAGUUGGACAUGUUGGGGGUGCUGGAGUGCAUCCCGCGGGAGCCGGUGUACGUGGCGUGGCCGGUGUUACCGGCGGAGGAGGACGAGACGGCGGACAGCGGCGGCGGCGGCGGCGGUGAGACGAGGACUAAGGGUCAUUCUUCCUCGUCGUCGGGUCCCCGGUCGGCGGCGCCAACCGAGCUCCCGCCCCUGCUGAAGGCCAUGUCGGGACUCCUCCGCUGCCUGACGGCCACCGAGUGGCUGGCGGGCGCGCUGACGCUGCUGACGCGGUGGGCGCACUCCCGCGGGGCGCAGACGGCGGCGGGGCAGCAGGCGGCGAGCCGGUGGGGGGCGAUCCUCGUGUCCGGGAGCGGCCGCAGGGUCCUCGAGCGGCUCAUGAGGCUCCACCGAAACGUUCUCGUGGAGAUUUAG